GACCCGUUGGUGUCUAGCAUCGCGUCUUGUCUCGUUGCAUUUGACAUGUCGCAGACGCGUCGAUGUGAGCGCAACAUCGCGCGCCCGCACGCGCGUAUAUACGCUCCCGCACGCGUCAGGUCGUCCAGUCGGCCGUCGUCGCGCCGGAGUCGUCUUUCGGCGCGUUGAGGGAACGCCAGCUCGUCGCCGACAACGUAGCGGACUGUCACGCGCCUGGUGUGUGUGCACGUGUGUGUGUGUGUGUGUGCGCUGCUGGUGUGAUUGAGUGCGAGACAGCGCGCGUCACGACGCCGCCGCGCGCGUCCCGAUGUCCUCGUCGUCGCGGCCCGGCGAGCACGAUUACCAGCGAUUUGACGACAAUGACACGAGCCUGCCGCUCGAACAGGAGAUCUCCAACGGCUCGAGCCGACAAUACGGCUCUAUGCUGUCCUCACCAUCCACAGAGAGUCACGUCAGGUCGUCGUUUGACACUGCUAACAACACUACUGAGCUGAAUAGUAAAUAUGAAGCGACCGAUACAGGAACCGGAAGCAUGACUGAGAAUGUAAUGUUCACCGCACGCGACGCAUCUCCGGACGUGGACAUGCACUGGGAGAUGAAUUACCAUGAAGCAGCAAUAUUCUUAGAGGAAGGUAGGAACAAUGAAAAAUUCGAUUCUCAUCCGAGGCAUCCCGAGGAUUUGCCGGCGUAUCUCUUGGUUCACAACAGGUGGUACAAUGGAUUGGAUUUACUGACUUCACUGAUCCUUCUGUCUCUGGCGUUCGUUGAGGCGCCUGCUUUGCCACUGUUUAGAGUGCCGGUCUGGAUGCACGGUUCGAUCGAAUUGCUCGCCUUGAUUACCAUCGGCGUGCAACUGGCUUUGAAGUUGAGAUGGACCGGCUGGGCCACAUUGCUGAAGCACAAACGUACGACGCUGAAGUGCGUCACGCUGGCCAUCAUGUUUCUCGAGGCCCUGACCGUCCUGGUGCGGCAAUCCUCGCAUUUCCGCGUGACGCGCGCGCUAAGGCCGAUUUUUCUGAUCGACACCAAAUACUGCGGAGGCGUGAGGAGAUUCGUGCGGCAGAUACUCCUCACGCUGCCGCCCAUCCUGGACAUGCUCGGCCUCCUGUUCUUCUUGAUCACCGUGUACAUGACGUUGGGCUACUACAUGUUCAGCGAGAUGAACCGGAACUUUUCCACGUUGCAAGACAGUUUCGUCAGUCUCUUCGUUCUGCUCACCACCGCCAAUUUCCCGGACGUAAUGAUGCCGUCGUACUCGCGGAACAAGUGGUACGCGAUAUACUUCGUGUCUUAUUUGUGCACGAUGCUGUACGUGAUGAUGAACCUGAUGCUGGCGGUGGUGAACGAGACGUUCACGUUCCGCGAGCGUGACAAGUUCAAGAAGCUGUUCCUGCACAAGAGGAAAGCGUGCCAGCACGCUUUCAGGCUCUUAGUCUCCCGACAGAACCCCGACAAGAUGCGAUUCCGCCAGUUCGACGGCCUGAUGCGCUACUACGCGCCGAACAAAUCCACGAGAGACAUUGUAUUAAUGUUUUGUCACAUGAACGUGUCGGGCAGUGGUGCCUUGAAUUGCGAGGAAUUCCUGUCGAUUUAUGACACGACGACACUCCAAUGGGAAUUGCAAUACUCUAACAUACCGUGGUACCGCACCACGUGGUGGCCCCUGCAAGUGUUAUGCACGGGCGCUCACAUCGCCAUCAAAUGGCCGUAUUUCGAGACGCUAGUGUAUGUGACCAUUAUCGGCAAUUGCGUCGCUAUAAUAGCGAGGAUAAUAGAGCCGAGCGAUAGUCUCGAGGAGUCGGCACACGGAUUCGCCGCUUCCUGGGACACGUUGGUCUUCGGAGGAAUAUUCGUGGCCGAAGCAUUGUCGAAGGUAUUGGCUCUCGGUGUGAGGCAUUACUUGAGCUCCGGAUGGAAUCUCUUCGAUUUGGGAACGUCGGUGAUGAUGCUCGUCGCCGCGUGCGCCCUCAUCUUAUUCCCAUCGGCCACGUUCUUGGUUCUGUUUCGACCUCUCCGAACGUUGAGACUGUUCAAGAUAAAGAAACGCUACCGGGACGUCUUCGGCACCCUCGUCAUCUUGUCUCCGCAGAUGUGCUCGACGGCGAUUGUCAUGCUGGUACUGUACUACUUCUUUGCGAUCAUCGGUAUGGAAAUGUUCGCAGGAUACGAUAUGCGCAACUGCUGCAAAAAUACGACCGUCGAAGAUUUCUACGAGUAUUCAGCUAAUGGCAGCACGGCACUGGGAUAUUACUAUCUCAAUACAUUCGAUAAUCUCAUAGCAAGCGGCAUGACGCUCUUCGAAUUGACGGUCGUUAACAAUUGGUUCAUACUAAUGAACGCGUAUGCGUUCACCACAGGGAUGUACACGAGGAUAUAUUUCAUGAUAUUCUACCUGGUAACUAUGAUCGUAUUGACUAUCGUAGUAUCCAGUUUCCUCGAGGCUUUCCGAUUUAGGAUACAGUAUAAGAAGUCGACUUCGAAACACGACGAAGAAAAGAUGCUUCACGAGGAAGUGGAAUUAAAGUGGAACGAGCUGCAGUGCAUAAUCGAGGACUUCCAGACGCUGGAAAACCUGCGGAACGCCUUGGUCGUCGGCGGAAGCACCAUGUUCGUUGGCUCGCGACCGCGAACGCGAGAAGUUCUGCAGCGGAAGAUGUACACGCACGAGAUAAACGAGUGGGUGGCGGAGGCUAAGCUGGAGGAGAGGCAGUACGUAUCCAGCUUGACGCACGAGGGCGGAGGCGAUGACGGCAACACCGACACCGACCGUCUAAUGUUGAACGGCAAUUUGCGGCAUCAAGCAAGUAACAGUAUAUGUGCUCGGUAAAAAUAUCGAUACUGACACAUAUAACUGAGAUCAUGAAUUUAAUUUAUAAUUCUCGCUUAAACAUUCUGAACAGAACGCACUGACGAGACGAUACUAAAGACCGUAGGCAAAUUUUUGUGCGUGUCGAGGGGCCCUUCCUGAAGGUAAUACCGGAGGUAAUUCAAGAAGGAUGACAUUACCGACGAUUUUUAUUCAUUUGAUAUAUUUAGAUAUUUGUGGUAUAAUUGGUAUUAAUUUUAAAAUUUGCGAUUAUGAUGUUCCAUCGAUACAAUGAAGUGUAUUCAACAUUCUUGUGAAACUGCAUUUUUGCAGUUAUCAUUUACGCUCGUUCGACACUAAUUUACCGCAAAUUUAUCGACUGGAGGUUAUUGGACAGCGAAAUCUUCACGCAAAAUUCCGUGAAAUCAAUGGGUCUUGAUUAUUACCUCGGUCGAUGCAGAAUAUGAAUGCAUUCGUGAAAAUUCAUUUAUCGUUUAUUCAUUACACAGCAAGAGCGGCUUGUUUAGAUAUUUAAAUGACUUGAAUAUGUACAUGUAUGUAGGGGGGAUUGAUGCACAGCAAAUUAGGUGGCAGAUCUUUUUCUCUUUUAGUGAUAAUAUAGCGGAGUAUUUUUUGGUGAUUUAUAGCGACAGUGGAUAGUCUUCAAAUUUUUUAACGAAUGACGUUAACUUCCUUUAUAUAUUUUAUAUCAUAUAAGCUAGCUCGCGAUUGAAAAAUGGUAGAAAAAUGGUCGUAAAAAAGAAAGAUUUCGUCUUAGAGAAAUUAAUCUUUACUUAGGAAUGUGUUAAUCUCGUCGCGACAUCGCGCGUCAAUUUCCAAGUGUGUAAUAAACUGGUGCAGCAGAUAUUAACAACGCAUCAAUGUCACGAUAGCCUAACACGGUAUAUACACAUAGUUGGACACUAGUUAUCGCAACGAUGUAUUGUAACGACACAUCGUCGUUUUUAUAUAUGAUUUUGACAGAGAACUCAUGAGAACCUGCAACUUCGUUUUAUAGACUGUGACAAUUUAGGAGCGGCUUCACCUUAGGUACUCGAUCGAGGCAUAUCAGAACAGAGUCGGCUCGACGGAAGCGCGGUUUCUCGAGCGGCGUUUCGCGAUUUCGCUUUCGCUCGUCAGGGUAUCGAUCGUGUAACUUUAUUCCUAAGACAGGAAUGGGAAAAGUAACAUGUUUUCACAUUAGAAAGCUCACAUUUUUACGAGUUCAUGAUCAAUCCCCAGCCAAAGCUGCCAGAUCGUGGGAUUUUUGAAUCAUGAUUCACGCGAUGGAAGGAUUUACGUUACGCUACACGAAUAUAAACUACGCUUGUUUAGAACUUCAAGGAAAGAGUUACUAAAAAGAGCGUAGCUUACAUACCUCGUGUAGCGUAACGUAAGACUACCAAAAUAUGAAAUACGAUUCAGAAAUCGUAUCUUGAAUCGUAUCACAAUCUGGCAUUUCUAUCCCCAGGCGGUCAUGAAUCUCCACCACUAGUGAAUUCGUGUAAAGUGUAAAUUUUCUAAUUUGAAAACAUUCGGAAUUUUCACCUUUCACGCGUUUAGAGGAAAAAUUACGCGACCGAUACUCAGCUCUCCUUACGAAACGGGAAAAUGAGAUUUCUCGAUGUAGAACUCGGAAGUCGCGAAGACGGGGAGCGGAAUGGCGAAUCCUCGCCUCCCUCGAGCCGAUUCCGCAUAUCACGCGCAUCCCUAUGCCAGUUAUUUUUAACAUAGUUCAGUUAUUUAUAACGUAGUAAUCGACAUAUCUAACGUUGAUGCGUAUUUUACUAGCGACCGAUUGUUUCAUCGUUAUCUUUCCAUUUGCAAUGUGAUAUUCUGCGUAUUUAUUUAAUAAAAACGUACUUUAUAUUUUAUCGCCGUUAACUUA